AUGACGAAAGAUGAAUUGAAUCAGAAUGAUACAAGCUCAGAGCCAGUGAGUGAAACACAUGCGAAUGACAAUGCAAACAAAAGUAAGAAAGACUACGAUCACCUUCACAAUUCAACAAGCCUAUUUGAAUCAAAAGAAUUAGCUGAAAACACGAAAGCCAGUGAUACUAAUGUAGGGAUUAAGGAAGAAGAAAACGGGUCGAGUGAAAAUGGGAAGAAUAGUGAGGUUUUGACAAACGAAGUUGAAACCAAGCUUGAACAGAACACAGCCGACGAAAUUGAAUUUCAAAACAAAGUCACUGAUGCAACAAUUGACGAAUUGAAACAAGAAGCAGACGAAUUACUUCAUAACAAUAUAAAUCAAUCCCUGAAUGGCGAAGAUGAUGAGGACGAAUUUGAUGACUUUGAUGAAUUUGCAGCUGCUGAGCCCAAUAAUAACCAUGAAGAAGAUGAUUUCGACGAAUUUGGAGAUUUUGAUGAAUUCGAUACCUUUGAACAACCCAGCAACUAUAUUCAACCAGACAUCGAUCCUGCAUUCCCUGAUUCCUGCUUUUCCAACAAGGCUGAUUUUGAAUCAAGAUUAUCUAAGCUUUUAUCAAAAUUAUUCAUCACUGAUGAAUCCGCAAAACCAACUUCACUUGUACCUGAAGAAACUGGCACUGAUAAAUCCACUGAAUCAUUACUCAAUAAUCGAUCAAGAACUAUAUAUAAACAAAUUUCCACCAUGCCUUAUCUACAUCCACCAAAUUGGAUACGACUGGAUAUAAGACAUAAUUUAUUGAUUAAAUUGGGUAUACCAAUAAAUCUCGAUGAGUUGAAUGCUAAUGCAACCAUCAGGUCACAAAACAGCAAUACAUUCGAUAUUUCCACACCUGAAAGUGAAGCAAGUCUGAGUAAUCAUCAUCUAACAGUGCCCUCGCAUCAUCAACGAUCAAGAAAGAAAUCCAUUAGUGAACAAGAUAUAAACUGGUCCAAUUUCACAAUUCCUGACUUUAAUUCUCUCAAGCUCACCAACGAUCAAAUCCAACAAAUUCUAACCACAACAAAUGACACACUAUCCAAAUUUGAGUACGACUUAAUGGAAAAUUCAUCAUCACAAUAUUUGCAAAAUGUUAAACUGGAUGAUAUACUAGAUGCAAAAUUAAAACAAUUGUCAUUGAAUCAUCAAGAAUUGUUAAAAUUGAGUUCGAUCUGGCAACAUCAAUUAGUUGAAUUACGUAAAGAUUAUGAAAUUUAUGAACAAGUUGUUCAAAGUUGUAUUGGAUAUUCACAAAAAUUACGUCGUGAAGAAAUUUUGGAAAAUUUGAAGAAAAUGAAACAUUCAUCUAGUUCAUCAACUGCUACGUCUUCUUCAUCUUCUUCAAAGCAAAAGAAGAAAUUUUGGAAAAAGUAA